UUGUGUCGUCUGCAAUCUGUGUCGACUGCUAAAUUCAAUAUGGCCAUCGUCAUGUUUAAUCUGUCAAAAUGAAAUGUCAAAAUAGUGUUUUAUGACAUAUUAUUAUUAACAAGCUGUUGAAAGUAACUAAAGUAAAACAAUCAACAUGAAUACUUAUGAUAGAGGAGGUGCACCGGGUAUCUCGGGAAAUUCUUUCGACCGAUGGGUUCAGAGAUCAAAUAUGGACGAUUCGGCUAUAACAAAAAUGCAACAUCAAUAUUGGGUGACAAAACAGGCGCUUUCUCGUAAAUUGGGAAAAAAAGAUGAUGAAUGUAUUGUUUCAUCUGACGCUGAAUUAGACGCUAAACUUGCAUUAUUUCGAAGUAUUCAAGAAUCAUGUGCAUUUCUACAGAGAGUCAUUGAUAAAUAUCAAGAGCGAUUAUGCAAUCUUGCCCAAGAGGAAAAUGCAAUGGGUCGAUUUUUAAAAGAGGCUGGAAAACAAGACAAAACAAGAGCUGGAAAAAUGAUGUCAGCCGUGGGUAAAUCACUCUCAUACUCGGGACAACAAAGACUUGCAUUACGUGCGCCAUUAGUUCGACUUUAUCAAGAGGUAGAAACAUUUCGACAACGAGCAAUUGAAGAUACUUUACAAAAUGUUCAAGCAUUGGAAAAAGCAAGAACCGAAUAUCGAGCUGCACUUAAUUGGAUGAAAAAUAUUUCCCAAGAAUUAGAUCCCGAUACAACUAAGCAAUUGGAAAAAUUUCGAAAAGUACAAACUCGCGUUCGACGAGGAAAAUCAUCAUUUGACAAUUUAACUCUCGAUUGUCUUCAAAAAGUAGAUCUGUUGGCAGCAGCUCGAUGCAAUAUGUUUAGUCAUGCUUUGGUUUUAUAUCAAAAUACACUUUUGAAUUUUACCAAAAAAUCAGCGCAAGCUUAUUCGACAAUAGCGAACAGUUUUAAGGGCUAUCAACGUUAUGAUUUUAUGGUUGUUCGAGAACUUGCGGAAACUUCUUCAAAAUUAGCGAGAGAAACUGGCGGCGAUGAUGAUAUUGACGAUAAAGACAAAUUAUUAUUCUUCGAUGAAUAUCACGACAGUGUGGAAGAAGCUCAAGAGGCAAAAGCCGAUGAGCCAAAAUCUGACAAUAAAGACGAUGAUAAACUUCUUGAUUUUGAAAAUAUAACACAAGACUUUCUUGAAUUGGAUAAAAAACUCAAUUCAAAAUUAACAAUGUCAAAAAAUGGUAACACUCAACCAUCUGAAUCGGAGACUGAUAAAGAAUUUGAGGAAUUUUUCUCAAAUCUAGUGCAAGCGAAAAAAAAUUCAACUUCCAUGGAAACAUCAACAAUUAAAGAUCAAACAAUAUCUGAAUUGGAAAAAAAUUUAGCCCAAUUGGAUUUAGCUAUGGAUUCAUUUAAUGCGCCAUCGGGUUAUGAUUUUUUCAAUAGUCCUUGUUUAACACCGCAAACAUCACAAAAUCCAAAUCAACAACAGCAACAACAACAAUUGGAAUUGGAACAACUCACCUCGGAAAAUAUAGCAUUAUUAAAUGAUAUUCUCAACGUUGGACCAAGUACCAACAAUGAAUGGGAUUCUGUUGGCGAUGAUACAUUUUUACCACUUGGAAUUUUAAAACAGAGUUUGGGUGACGCUUGCAUUCCUAUUGAACAACAAAAGAAACCAUUGAUUACCGGAGGCGAACCGAAAACAAAUAAAAGUGGAAAGAAAGGCAAUCCUUGGUUAGAUUUGUUUGCUGAAUUGGAUCCACUUGCCAAUAAUUCACUGGAGAAUCUUUCGAAAAUUAAUAACGCUCCAGCUUAAUUAACGGAAAAACAUAUACGAAAAAAAUAUGAAAAUAUCUAUGAAAAUUCAUAAUUAUGAUGUUAAAGCCUGACAACAUAAUAAUGGAUUAUGGCAAAUCAAUUUCUAUUCCCAAUUUUCUUUUUUGUUCUUAAAAAACUAAGGUUUAAAAAAAAAUAUCACGUCCAAAAUCGAAUUAAGUGCUUCUCGAAAAAUCAAAUAUUUCAUUCCUAUAUUUAUUUGGUAUUGCCAGAAACAUUCCAUUUUCAUAUAAUAAUAAUAAUUCUUGAAGUACUUACAAAGAGAAUUAAGGUAAACUUUCAAUCAAUUUCGUCAACUAUAUAAAAAGAGAAUUUAUACCAAAGAUAAAUAUUAAUAAAUACUUUAUACCAAAGAAUUCGUAGCUGUAAAACUGAUAAAAAGAAUUACAACAUAUUCUUUCUUCUUCUAAUUUUUCUUGCUCUUGCAUUUUAAAUAUAUAUAUAUAUAUAUAUAUAUAUAUCGACGAAAUUACUUUGUACAUUGCAAAUGAGUAUAAAUGUUUCGCAGAAACUGGAAAAAAAUAAACUUAACAAUUCAAAAAAUUUAUAUUUCAACAAUAAAAACUAUGCUUCGUGUGUCAUGAAUGUAAAAUGAAUGAUAAAAAUUAAAAAAAAUAAAAGAUUCGGUGCAAUA